AUGGGCACGAAUUUUACCGACUUCGAGUCUGGCCAUCGUGACUUGGUCACAGUCACAAAGUUCAAUUUUUACGGUGAUCGAAUUGUGACGGGGUCGUCGGAUCAUAGAUUGAAGGUUUGGGACCAGAAAGAUGGGCAGUGGCAGUUGACUGAUACGUGGCGUGCGCAUGAUGCUGAGAUUCGAGAUGCCACUUGGAAUGGUCCUUUUACAGGACAGCAUAUUGGCAGUGUAGGAGAGGACAUGCGCCUCAAAAUUUGGCAGGAAGAUGUUACUCAACCUCCCAAUUCAGGCCGCCGGUUCAAGUCCAUCUUCCGCUUGCCGGCUCCUCACAGAGUGCCCUUUGUGUCGUUAGAUUUUCGCAAUAUUGACUUGGACACUUGGCUGGCUCUCAUUACCCGAGAUGGGUAUCUCAUGGUGAUGGAGCCUGUUAUGCCAGACACGCUCGGGGAAUGGCAGGCCCUUGACCAGUUCAGGGUGUGUACCGCGCCAGCACGAGGAGAAGAAACUAGUUUUCGGGUGCAGUUUCACCAUGACUCGUUCGAUGCCACGCACUCGUUGAAACCCGAUAGUGAUCGGAAGAGCUUGUCUCUCGUCGUCGCUGCCAUGGAUACAGUAAAAAUCUACAGAACUGACUCGAGCCGUCGAUUCUAUCACGCUGUCGAAUUGGCGGGKCACGGCGGKCUUGUUCGCGACAUUUCAUGGGCUAAUGGCUCCGUUCGUGGAUACGAUCUUAUCGCUAGUGGUUGCAAGGAUGGAUUCGUCCGCAUAUUCGAGGUUUACACAUCCUUGUCAGGGAAUGGCAAUCAUGGAUAUCAUCAUCAUAAUCGGAAUGGACAGGUUGUAGCGCAAUCGCCGUCUCAACGCGCCACGGCACAGUCGGGAAUCGGGUCUGCGCUGGCUAACCGGGCUCCGGUAACGGCUUCACCCCGUCCAACGAAUGUUGAUACUCCGUUUCGCCAUGAAUAUAGGGAGGUUGCUUGUAUUGAUAGUCAUCAUUUGGAUGUUUGGCAGGUACAAUGGUCGUUUGCAGGCGACUGCUUGAUCUCUUCAGGAGACGAUGGAAGCGUACGAUUCUGGAAAAAGGCUCUUACUGGAGAAUGGCUAGAAUUCGCCGAGACAGACAUGACAGACGAGAAUCAAACCAUCAAGCUGGGUGCUGAGGAACUUUUUCCAUCACCUGUUGAGGUAAAGGAGGUCAUCUGUCGGAUUAUGACAGAUACCUCCUUGCUCGCAACAACGCAUUCGACCGGAGAUUCGUAUCCGGUCACUGCUUCUAUCCACUCCCCGGCGCUGAAUGGCGCCAUAUCCGAUUCUGUCCCUCUGGAAGACGAAGAGCCCUACACCAUCAAAUGCAUUUGUGCCUUUGAGGACGAUGACGGGAAUACUGUCUUCUGUGAGAAGUGCGAAACAUGGCAACACAUCGAGUGUUACUACCAUGGCCAGGAGGUCCCGGACGUACACUUCUGUACAGACUGUUCACCCUCGCCACUGUACUUGGACGGAAAACGGGCCACUGAGCGACAGCGUCGUUUACGGGAGCAAAAUGAUAGCGGUGACCGGAAGGCCAAACGCUCUGGGUCAAAGAGCCACAAGAAAAAACACCACAAAGAGGAACUGGUCAACGGACACCACCGCAGUGAAUCCAUUUCUAGGGACCAGCCGGGUAUCCUCAAAAAGCCAAAAUCCUCUCAUCGACCAUCAGCGUCAGUGAGCUCUGUCAACGUACCACCCAAGUUGCAACCAGAUCCUCGAAAGCGAUCAGGGUCCAUGACAAACUCAAUGAGUCCCACGAAAUUCACAUCUACACCACCGCAAAUCCCUCUAUACUCUCACGAAUUCCUGCAUCUAUACGAGAACGACCGAGGUUAUCAGGACAGGGAGAGCAACUUAGUCAACAACAUACACCUAAUGAAUGGUAUGGGAUCAUGGGUCAAAGAUCCGUCGACAAUCCCACCAGAUGGUACUGGUCGUCCCCCACAGGAUGUUUUCGCGUAUGCAGACGUUCUGGAUUCUUCCGCAUGGCCUCAACUAUCGUUAGAUACCCAGAUCGAUAGGGAUAUCGAGAUGGAAGGUGUACAUCCAACCUGGAAAUUGCUGCGAACUCAAACCGCUGUCCACAAGGAUCAGAUUGUCGGCGAGGUCACAGGUAAAAUAGGCGAGCUUCGUGAUUAUUGUCUUGAUCCUGCAAAUCGGUGGCCAGAAUUACAUCACCCUCAGCCUUUUGUCUUUUUCCAUCCUCAACUUCCUAUUUACAUAGAUUGUCGCCAAGAAGGUUCCAAACUUCGAUACGUUCGUCGUUCGUGUCGCCCUAACGUCACGUUGAAGACUUUCAUCACCAAUGGGAUCGAGUAUCAUUUCUGUUUCGUCGCCAAUCAGGAUAUUCCCGCGGACUCGGAAGUCACGGCGAUGUGGUAUAUCGACCGCCAGUUCUCUGGAGACAGCGAUCAGGAGGAAGCCCGAGCGAUCUCCAUGAGCAAUCUUCUCGCUAACUUUGGCGGAUGUGCCUGCUCUCCAUCCCAGCAGUGUCUCUUAGCUGCUGUUGAUCGCCGUCGUCACCCAAGCUUGAAACAAAUGAAUGGCAAGCGGAGGAAGGCAAAAUCUAAAUCUGCUGUCUCGCCUACGAGUGUUGGUCGCUCUAAUACGAGUCGUGCGGGUAGUGAGGUAGCCAUCGACGAUGAUAACGCCGAUAAUCGAUCAACAUCUGGCUCCGUACGUGGACAGACCCGUAGUCGCGAUAUGACUCCAACACAUCCACCGCCUGAAUGGGCCUUGCAAGAUACGGAAUUGUCGGCGCGAGAUAGACGCAAAAUCGCAGCAGUGGAAAAGAAAUUCGAGCAGCUCGAGCAUGAUCAGCACGGACAGCGCAAGAAGAAGCGAGGCAGUGCAACAUCUUCACAUCCGAAUCUGCCUGCUCCACUACCUAAGCAGUCGAGUGUACCAGCUCCUGGCAAAUCUCUAAAGGUGGACACAGCUGCCAGUCGCUUGUCUGAUCCCCGACAUUUCUCACGCAAAGUAUCUGAUCCCACCAACGCGCGAUCACCUCUCUCACGCGCUGCCUACGUUGACGAAUCGCAACAAACUCGUCCUCCUCAGAUUAAUUUCGCUCCUCUAGGUCGACGACUGUUGAAACGCUGCCUGGAAGACAGCGCAAAGACCCAAUGGCCGACUAAGCGUCAACAACUGUCUGCAGGUCUAACACCCACGGAUGUCGCUCUUUCUCCGUCUUCGGUAGCCCUUUCACAAUCCUGGGGUUCUGGUGUACGGCCAUCUUCUUCGCAUAGUGAAGAUGUAGACAUGAAGGAUGGUCCAAGUGAUACAGCCUCUGUCAAGUCCGCAUCUCACGAGGUCAUGGCAAAACCACCCUUGCCAUCAACAGCAGCCCACAACACGCUUGUACCUGGGAUGUCGCCUCUCAAUAGUCGGAUGAGUCACCUUCAUGUUCAAUUACCGUCCAAUCACUUCGCAGUGCCUUCGACACCGGGUGCGGCAACUCCUGGGUCGCUCCAAUCACCAUCGGAUAUUGUAUCACAGCCAGCUCAGACACCAGGUGGCAGCAUCACAGCUCCUAGUCCUGUCAAGAAAAAGAUGAGUUUGGGUGAUUACAUGGGUCGUAGAGGAACGAUGGCAACGCCAACAACGGAAAAGACUCAGGCUCAAGCCACUACACCGGCUCUUGCACCAUCCAGCAAACCAACCUCGCAAGCUCAAUCGACCACCCCACCAUUAUCGACAGAUGGCGAAACUCAACCGCAACCGCAGUCGCAACCGGCCCAGGGAGCGGAGACGAUAAAAAAUGAAGCCUCACCGACCGAUACGGAUAUCACGAUGAAGGAUGUCCCUAGCAAACCCCCCAUAUCUCCUCCUUAUCUUUCUUCUCUUGGAGCGCAGGAUGACAGCAAAGUCCCGCCAAUGACAUGA